UGUCCUGGGGAAGAAAUUAAGGCAGCUGCGGCAUGGUCGUCCAGUCUGGGUGGCCGCUCGACACCGCAGGUUCUUUCACUCCACAUAUCACCCUCCACCAUGUGGCCCGAGGUCAGACAAGCCUGCGAGGAGAAGCGCUACGAGCUCGUCCUCACAGGGGAGGAGGUGAACAGUAGGAUAGAGUCAGCCGAGGGCUUGGACCCGGCGGUGUAUACUCUGACACAACUCAAUUUCCUCGGGGUGUCGAGGUCGCCCUUGACCUGCUUGUCCUCGGAGAUUGGGCAGCUCGUCAAUCUUACUAAUCUCAUCUUUCAGGGCAACAAGCUACAGGCUCUGCCUGAAACUAUUGGGAAUCUUGAGAAACUGAAGGUUUUAGAUGUUUCGUUAAAUUGCCUUGAAAGUCUGCCGGAUUCAAUAGGAAACUUAACAAAUUUGACAACUCUCAUUGCAAGCAGCAAUGAAUUGUCUGCUCUUCCAAACUUAGAAAAAUGCAGCAAUCUUUCAAUUUUGGAUAUAAGCAAAAAUAAAAUAGUAAGUUUUCAUGAUAUUUGUCAUGAAAAUCUUGCACUUUUAGCAGAUGUAAAGUUUUCGUGCAAUCAGAUUACUGAAGUUCCUCCGUCGAUAUCUGUGCUAACAUCACUGAAAGUUCUUGAUCUUGGCAGUAAUAAUCUUACAACUGUGCCUGGAGAACUUAUCGACUGUUUAAAGCUCAAAGAUAUUAACUUGAAGGGAAAUCCUCUCAAUGACCGGCGCUUCCGAAAACUGGUUGAAUCUGAUCGUUGCCUUCCACGUCAGGUGAUAGACUACAUCAGGCAGCAUUGUCCAAAAUCUUCUCCAGAUGGAACUAGUGGAGCACAAGGCAAGGGCAAGAAAGGAAAAGGGAGCAAAGGAAAAAAAGAUGAGGUUGAUGUUUUGUUAGACGAGCUACAAGUGCUUAGUGUGAAGGAAACGUUUCCAGUAGUGCAAGUAGCUGCAUCUGUGAAGGAUAUUCGGCCUUACAUCGUUUGUUGCAUACUUCAAGGGGUAGAUUUAAGUGGAGACAAUUUGAGGAAAUUUAUUUCUGCUCAGACAAAACUGCACGAUGGUUUGUGUGAGAAGAGAAUGGUCGCCACAAUUGCAACGCAUGACUUGGCAAAAUUAACGGGCCCCAUCAAAUACAUUGCUGAAUCUCCAGAAGAAAUUCGUAUUCAUCCAUUGGUGAGGGGCAAAGAGGUAUCAGCCAAGGAAUUAUAUAAGGGACUGAAACAGGAAGCAGAGUUACAAAGAAAGCAGCAAAAGAAGAAUUCUGUUCCAGGUCUAUACAGAUUUCUUCACUUAGUCGAGCAGUGGAGCAUCUGGCCAUGUCUUGUGGAUGCAACUGGAAAGGUGGUGUCCCUUCCUCCAAUUACCAAUUCAGAAAACACUAAGAUAACACAAGAGACAUCAAGUGUAUUCGUCGAAGUGACGAGCAGUAAAUCAUUGCCAAAGGCUAAGGAAGUCAUGGAUGCAUUGGUGCUUUCUGCCUUACAAAUUGGAAUCAGUCCUGAAAAAAGUGCUGAAGGCAAGAUGGUGUUAAUUGUUCAACAAGUUCGUGUCGAGGAUGAAACUGGAGCACUGCGUGUCAUAUAUCCCUCCCGUGCUGACCUAAUUUUUGAAAAUGAGAAAGUUAGAGUUGUUAGGGCUGAAAAGUAAACUUAAUUUGUGGGUAUCUUUUUGUUCCUAAAAAAUAUGUAAUUUAGGUUUAUUUUUAAAGUAAGAGUAAUAUUUAAAUUUUAUGUUUGUAUCCAUGAUAGUUUAGCUUUUCAAUUAGCAGAAAUUUUUAUUCCAAUUUAAUAAACUUGGAAUUUGUUUUAGUAAUUUUCUUGUUUUUUAAUGUACGCACAAGUUCAGAAAAAAUGUUAAAUUUUGUACAUAAAAUUUAAUCCUAUGAACCACAUUAGUACAGGAGAGUUUAAAAAAUAUAUUUUUUCUAUCCAUAAUGUUUUUACUGAUGUCAAUUUCAUUUUGCUACUUUGUUAUGUAAAAGUUAAACCGUACAAGGCAUUUUCCUCUUUCAAGAGUCUGGAUUGUUCAGCCAUUACUGUAGUUCUAUCUGCAUUACCCAGACAAAAUCUUAAUAUUUGUAUAAUUACAAAUCAUACCAGACUGGUAUGAUUGUGAUCUCAUAACUCAUCACAAUUAAAAUGUAAAAAAAUAAAAA